UAGCUGCUGGUAUUAGCUGGUGUUAGCUGCUGUUAGCUGGUGUUAGCUGCUGGUAACUAUGGUAGGUGCUGGUAGCUGCUGUUAGCUGGUAUUAGCUGGUGUUAGCUGCUGGUAACUAUGGUAGGUGCUGGUAGCUGCUGGUAACUAUGGUAGGUGCUGGUAGCUGCUGUUAGCUGGUGUUAGCUGCUGGUAGCUGCUGGUAGCUGGUGUUAGCUGCUGGUAGCUGCUGGUGUUAUCUGGUAUUAGCUGGUAUUAGCUGCUGGUAUCUAUAGUAGGUGCUGGUAGCUGCUGGUAGCUGGUGUGAGCUACUGUUAGCUGCUGUUAGCUACUUUUAGCUGGUAGCUGCUAUUAGCUGGUGUUAGCCGAGGUUGUCUUCUUUUAGCUGGUGUUAGCUUCUGUUAGCUACUGGUAGCUGCUGGUAACUAUGGCAGCUUCUGUUAGCUACCUUUAGCUGCUUAUAGCUGCGGUUAAGUGUUAGCUUCUGUUAGCUUCUGUUAGCUUCUUUUAGCUUCUGGUAGCUGCUGGUAGCUGGUGUUAGCUUCUGGUAGCUGCUGGUAGCUGGUGUUAGCCGAGGUUGUCUUCUUUUAGCUGGUGUUAGCUACUGGUAGCUGCUGGUAACUAUGGCAGCUUCUGUUAGCUACUUUUAGCUGCUUAUAGCUGGUGUUAGCUGAGGUUAUCUUCUUUUAGCUGAUGCUAGCUGCGGUUAGCUGCUGGUAGCUGGUGUUAGCUGAGGUUAUCUUCUUUUAGCUGAUGCUAGCUGCGGUUAGCUGGUGUUAGCUGGUGCUAGCUGGCAGGAUGAGCUCCUUCGUGGCCCUUCACACUCAGCUGGCCACCGUCAUGGAGUCUUUGGUUCACGCUGCGGUGGCGGAGCUCCAGAAGCUGGUGGAGAACAGCUCGACCUUCCUGGAGCUCGGGACCGAAGAGGAGCUGCCUCUGCCGGCCAGAGUUUCAUCAGAGAGCCGGGGGAAGACGGUGCUGUUCGCCUCCAUCAUGGAGACCCUGGGGAACGAGGCUCUGGGGAAAAUUCUGAACAUCGUGGAUGAAGCCGAGCUGGUGUCCGGACGGAGUGGGAAGAGGCCACAGACCAGCGUCCUCAACGUCCUAAACAACACACAAGUCGAGUCGGAACACUCGUACGGCGUCCGACUGCAGAGCUGCGACACGGACAGGUCGCCACAGACGUCGCUGCUGACCGAACCAGAGAAGGAGACGCUGGAGGAUCCGUUUGUGCCGGCGGUGACAGUCAAAGACGAACUUGGAAACAUCGACCUAGGAGCCAUCGCUGAGAGAGCUCACGAUGAAGCUCAGCCUCUUCUACUCGACCGGCAGGAGGACAUUUCCGCCUCCCCUGAGUUUGUUCUUGAGAGCGUCACCUGGAAGUACUUCAUAUGCACGCCGUGCGGCAAAUCCUUCACGUCUCAGAGCAACCUUAAGAGCCACCAGCGCAUCCACACUGAGGAGAAGCCGUUCUCCUGCAGCAUCUGCGGCAGAGCGUUCCGUCAGAGGCAGAGCAUGCAGAGCCACACGCGCAUGCACACGGGCGAGCGGCCGUACAAGUGUCCCGAGUGCGAGAAGUGUUUCACCAAACUGACGCAGCUGAAGACGCACGCCAUCAUCCACACGGGGGAGAAGCCGCACGGCUGUGAGGCGUGUGGCAGCCGCUUCAGCCUGCUGCAGAACCUGCACCGCCACCAGCUCACGCACACGGGCAAGAAGCUCUUCGUGUGCAACGUGUGCGGAAAAGGUUUCACCCGUUCCGUCACGCUGAAGACUCAUGAACUCAUCCACACGGGACAGAAACCCUUCAAGUGCGAGGAGUGUCCCAAGACCUUUCGCCACGCCGUCAACCUCAAGAACCACCAGAGGAUCCACAGCGGCGUGCGGCCCUUCAGCUGCGACCUCUGUGGGAAGAGCUUCCGCCAGUCAGUGAACCUGAAGAUCCACCGCAGAAUCCACACCGGCGAGCGGCCGUUCAGCUGCCAGGAGUGCGGCAAGACGUUCAGCCAGCAAAGCAGCUUGAUCUCACACGGCCGCACGCACUCGUCCGAGAAGCCGUUCGCCUGCAGCUCCUGCGACAAGAGGUUUAACAACGCCAACAGCCUGAAGCUGCACGAGCGCGUCCACUCGGGGGAGAAGCCGUACACCUGCGACAUCUGUGGCAAGACCUUCAGUCAGGGAAGUCAUCUGAGGACGCACAAGAGACACGUCCACGCCGGCGGGAAACAGUUCAUCUGCGACAAAUGCGGGAAGAGAUACUCGGACCAACGCAACCUGAAGCUGCACAAGUGCAGCUACGCAUGAACGAGAUGACGCAGGGACUUAAAAUGAAAUGAAUUAAAGUUCUGGACAUUCAGGGAUUAAAACUCAUUUUGAAUUUUAUUUUACUUUAAAGAGGAAAAUAAUUUAUUCAGUGUUGAGGGGGGUAAACCAAUCAGAUGUCAUGUGUGUUGAUAUGUGCUGGGCUUUGAACAUUACCCAUGAGCCUCUUCUCACAGCAGUGCACAAUCUUUGACCUUUGAUAUUUAGAGGUGAGCGAGGACUUAAAGUAUGAGGUGUGACUGUCUGCGUGGACGCUAAAUACUUUAUGGACGAUAGCAAGCAAUCGUGUAACGGCUGCUCACAGUUCUACAACGGAGCAAAGAACCCGGUUACAGAUCCCUCAUCUUUUCCUGAGAAGUGUCAAAGUGUUUUUGUUCAUUAUGAAACUGACGAGACAAAUUAGAAAAUAUCACAGUGGAUAUAAUGAAUGAAACUCGGGUUCAGGGCUGAGCUUUCACAGCGCCCCCUAGUGGAUGUUCAGAAUGAUUGGACCAGAAGAGGACACCUGUCUGAAAUAAGCCCGGCCCAGUGGAACACUGUUCUCUGAUUGGUUGAAAACAUAAGUACAAAUGAUGCUGCUCAAUGCGUUUGUAAAUAUUCACAUUGUAGGAUUUUUAUAAUAUUUCAGAAUUUUGUAAAAACUAAUAAAUGUUAAAGUUCUGUUGCAA